UGUGAACACACCUGAACACACCCACAAAUCCUUUAGCAAAGCCUGGCACGGUGGCAGACUCAGGUCUCAAAUUUCAGUGACACCCUGUGCAAUGCCAAAAUUUGGCGCCCCUGCCUUUAAAUAACAGUUGUGGCAUCCCCUGUGCCUCCGCACACUCAAUCUCUGCUCCCCUAAAUCCACCUCUGCCUGGCACAACCCAAUCCAAGGUCAGGUGGAAUAAGUUAACAGGGGAAAUUAUUUCGAAGCAUUGCUUCUCUCCAAUAGGAAAGGCUUUGCCCGUUGAAUUUCAGUCAACAGGGGAAAAUAUUCCCUGCCCCUGUUUCUCCCUGGUGACCAACAGCUUCACCUCUUGAAUUUCAGCCUGUCGCAUUGAAGGAGAGAAGGUGCAGAUGUUCAGCCACGCAGCGGACUUGCCCCUGCCAACGAAAAGGCUUUCAAACUGGGAGCCGGGUGCGGUGCCUGAAGCCUUAUCGCCUCCUCGCCUCCCGGCCCACCCAGACACCGGCCUCCUUCAUCUUGAAGGCGUUGCAGCGGGAGACAAUGUGUGUGGCUGUAGCCAGCCGGUUUGUUUUAAAGGCCGACAUCUGUGGGCGACAUUUUCCGUCACAGCCUGGAACCAGUUCCUGCCUUUGUCCUAUUGUGGCAGCCCAGACAGUGGCCCCUCGCGAGUUCCCAAACUUCGCCGCAGCCUCCUGCCAGCAGUGGCCCCCGACAAUUCUGGCACACAACUCCACACACACAGAGCUCCCCAAUACCCUGGCCUUGUGCUGAGCUGGGAACAGACGGCUGGAUGCAGGAGCUCUCAGGUUGGGACCUCGAGGGCAGCCAGAGAGAAGCGCCAAGGCUGAGAGGAGACGGAACAGGUCCUGGGUUUUGAACCCGCUCCCUGUCCUCUGUGCUAUGGGGAGGUUGGGUGUUUCUGCCACAGCCUUCCUCUGCGGGGGGCUCCUCGCUGCCUUCCUCCUGAGGGAAGCGCUUGGACAGAGCAAGAAGCCUGAGACCCGAGUGUGCGCACGUCGCACGUUGAGGAUCCCCUUGUUCUACAACGAGACCUACGCCAAGCCUGCGCACCAGCCGUAUUUGACGCUGUGUGCUGGACCCCGAGUCUGCAGCACCUACAGGACUACCUAUCGUGUGGCCACACGGCAGGUGCGCAAAGACAUUCUGCAGACCCACAUCGUCUGCUGCCAAGGCUGGAAGAAACGCCACGUUGGGGACACCAAGUGCGAGGAAGCCAUCUGCCACAAGCCCUGUCAGAACGGAGGCACCUGUGCCCAGCCAAACCAGUGCCAGUGCCAACCAGGCUGGGGCGGGCGCUACUGCCACGUCGAUGUGGACGAGUGCCACGCACCCGUCUCUCUCUGCGACCAACGCUGCCUCAACACCGCAGGGAGCUAUGAGUGCCAGUGCCACCCUGGCUAUGCCCUGGAACCAGAUGGCAAGAGCUGCCGCUUGCUGCCCACUGCCCAGGCCGCCCCUAUGCUCGCCAGCAAAGUGAAAAUUUUAGGGGCUCAGGAGACGAUUCCCAAUGAGAUCCAGGAGCUUCAAGCCAAAGUGGAGCAGCUGGAAGAGCGCCUGGAACGUGCCAUCGCCAUCUUGCCGCCUUCCCUGGAGCCCGCCCAGCUGAAGGAGCUCUGGAGUCGCCUGCUCUACCUGGACCAGGUGGAGUCGCUCAGCGAUCAGCUGCUUUUCCUCGAAGAGAAACUGGGAGACUGUGAGUAUCAGAAAGGCCACGCCGUCCUGACAGGCGGCGAGAACAUGCCUCGCGACCCAUGGGCACCUGAAGCAAAACAGGAAGGCGCCACCUAGCACGUGUGCCCUGCACCACCCAACCUUCCUUGCCCUCUCCACUGAAGCCUCACAUAUGGGGUCGCACAGCUGGGCUUCCAGGUUCUUGCGAGAGUUCGCUGGAAGCUGCCAUGGCCGCUUCUAAUCACUUAUCCAGUGGUGGCAGAGACGCCCCCAGAAUUUUGCCACCUGAGGCACCUGCUGCAGUCUGCCUCAUGGAUGGGCCGGCGCCAUGCACAGGAGGCAAAUGAUUUCAUGCAGGCGAGGCUGUGAUCUGGGGCAAGGAGAGUCCCGAGGGCCAAGUGGACUGGUCUGGAGGGCCGUGGGUGCCCCUCCCCCACGAGACCUGAGGCAAUAGCAGGCUGGCUCAGGGGUGCAGAACGCUUUGCAUUCUCCUCUGGGCAACUUUCCAAGGGCGGCAUGAGACUCUCCAGAAUUUCAAGCAGCGUAUUUCUCCCAGCCCUACCUGUAGAUGCCUUGGGGACAAACUGGAACUUUCUGCAAGGAAACCAGAUUUUUUGCAUGCACCCCCCUGCUUCCUAUUGGGCUAGGAAACGUUGCUUUCAGGCGCUUUGGCUGCUACAGCUCAAUUCACCCCUCCAUCCCACGUCACCCCUGCAGAUAAUUGGUUUUGCCUUGCUGGUGGGAUGUGCAAGCCCCUCUGAGUAAUAUUGGGAGCUGCCUUAUAGCAAUUCAGACCAGUCAUCCACCUAGCUCAUUACUGUCUACACUGGCUGGCAACAGCUCUCCCGGGUUUCAGAAUGAGCUCU